GAACUUUCCCCGCUUGUUCUUCAACUCUUCCUUCAAGCGUGCAGUGCAGGGCUUGCAUGUCUACUUAGCAGGCCAGCCUGCUGCCAUUUUUUCACCAUGGCCCGCCUGUUGCGAAUUCCUUUCCGCCUUCCCCGGGUCUCUGCAUCCUCGGCAUCGACUCUUUGCCGUCGCGUCUACUCAUCUACGGGCGCUGUUCCUCCUGCCGGCGCCGUUCCUCCUGCUGGCGCUGGUGCGCCUUCUGCUGGUGCUCCUCUUGCUGGUGCUGCGCCCCCCCCAAGCAAGUCAACGGCCCCUGUGGAUACCGAUCCUGAAUCACUAGCGAAUCCAAACAAAAGACCAGCGACGGACACGGAAUCGACGGAAGUGCUUGGACCAGAGGAACCCAUCACUCUUACCGAGAGACUGCUACAGACUCCAGGAAUCGAUCUCGAGGAGAUCGGCGAGGUAGAGUAUAGGGAUGACAAAUACACAGUGCUCAGGACAAAGAAAGGUCUUGUGAUUGAUGAGGUUGGCAGAAGGCCUAUUGAAAUCGAAGAUAUCGUCCUUCGCGACGCGUGCAAAUGCCCUGUCUGCGUGGACCCGCACUCGAAACAACGCAAUUUCCGCACCAGCGAUAUCCCCACUACCAUCAAAGCCUCCGAACCCAAGGUCGUAAGAGGAAAAUUGCGCGUGUUGUGGCAAAAUGACUUUAUGGAAGAGUCUGGUCACUAUUCCACAUACGAUCUAUAUAAUCUUCAGUUCCCCAUCGUGAACCCUGCAGAAGCUGACGCAGCGAGGAAGUUUCGCUGGCGAGCAUUCUGGGAUAAACGUCGUAUGGAACACUGGCAACAUUGGAUCACGUUUGAAGACUUCAUGAACAACGACAUCGCAUUUGCAUGGUCCAUGCGCACCCUCGCCGAACUGGGUCUUAUCUUCGUUAAAGACAUUCCAGACUCACGCGAGAUGGUCGAGAAGAUCGCGACUCGCAUGGGGCCACUCCGUAAUACGUUCUACGGACCCACAUGGGAUGUGCGGAGUAUCCCACAGGCCAAGAAUGUCGCUUACACUAACCAGUUCCUUGGCUUCCAUAUGGACCUGAUGUACAUGAAUGAACCGCCUGGUUUUCAGCUCCUGCAUUGUUUGCAGAACUCCUGCGAGGGAGGGGAAUCCCUCUUCGUGGACACAUUUCGUGUUGCAUACGACAUGAAAAAGGAGCACUUCCCAUACUAUGAUAUUCUGAGCAAAGUCAAAGUGCACUACGAAUACAAUCAUGAGGAUCAUUUUUACACUAACAAGUGGCCUGUCUUUGAGCUGAAACGUUCCAAAAGGAAGACUCGAGAUGGUGAGGUUGUAAAACAUGCUCUCACCCACGUCAACUACUCGCCUCCCUUCCAGGCCCCAUUCCAGGUGAAGAGCUUUGGUACUCACAAGUUGCCUAAAUUCACGAAUGCACUCAAGAAGUUUUCGGAUGGUCUUGAGGAUGAGGGAAAUAUGUUCGAGCUGAAGAUGAAGCCCGGAGAAUGUGUCAUUUUCGAAAAUCGUCGGGUGGCGCAUGCUCGCCGCGCGUUCGGAACCGAUACUGGCCAGCGCUGGCUGGCUGGUACGUAUGUUGACGAAGAUGCCAUGCUGUCGUUGUUCAAGACAUCUGCCAACAAGUACCCCAACCUGUGGACAUACAAGCGCAAGGGAUUGAACUCGAAACACGUCAAGUUACUCAAAGGAAUCCCCACCGAGGUAUAAAAGAGAUUCCCCCCUCACUGAAAUGAUAUCCUUUUUGUACGUACUGCAUACAGCCAUGGUUAGUCCAGUCGUCCGGUCAAGUCAUAUUAUCUUAGCCCAAUAGAGCCCGCUAAGGUAAUGCUAGCUCCGUAGACGCUUCUCCGUUGAAGCUAGAAUAUGAAGCUAGAAAGCCUGCCAAUCCGUAAUCCUCGUAGGCGGUCGUUUCGACUUCCUAGAACCAUUCCACCGCCCCGUUCGCUUGGCAUAUUUGAUAGGUUUGUGUUUGCCGCGGUCCGUCGGCAACACAUGACAGUCACCUGACAGAAAAUUGUGAGCACCCGUGAAGUUUUAUGCUAGUAUUCCAG